CGCGCGGGACGGGCUACUGGAGGGGACCGGGCUGCCCCGAGGCCCGGUGGGACCGAGGUUGGGCGUUUGAGGCUCCAGGCGCGGCCGAGGCUCACCUGCUGUUCUGCCGGCUGUGAAACAGGACAAGCCCACCCCAAACUGCUGGAUCCCUGAGCUAAAGCUGGCAGGGGAGGCAGGUGAGGACCGGGCCUGGGGCCGAUGGCCGGCACGUGGCCGGACCCGCCCGGGCUGCUGAGCUGGCUCUGCGUGCUGCUGAUGGCAGAGACGGCAUCUGGGAGCCCGUCCACAGGGACUCCCCAGUUUCCAGCUGCAGGUGUCGGCCGGACCCCCACGGUGGAUUGUCGCAGCGUGUACAGCCUGAACGCCUCUGACCGCUGUGACUUCGUCCGCUCCAACCCCGACUGCCGCAGCGACAGCGGCUACCUGGACUACCUCGAGGGCAUCCUCUGCCACUUCUCGCCUAGCCUCCUGCCCCUGGUCGUCACCCUCUAUGUUCUGUGGCUGCUGUACCUGUUUCUGGUUCUGGGAGUCACUGCGGCCAAGUUUUUCUGCCCCAACUUGUCCGCCAUCGCCGCCACCCUCAAGCUGUCCCACAACGUAGCAGGUGUCACCUUCCUGGCCUUUGGCAACGGUGCCCCUGACAUCUUCAGCGCGCUGGUGGCUUUCUCGGACCCGCGCACGGCCAGCCUGGCCAUCGGGGCUCUGUUCGGUGCCGGCGUGCUGGUCACCACCGUGGUGGCCGGAGGCAUCGCCAUCCUGCACCCCUUCGUGGCCGCCUCCAGGCCCUUUCUCAGGGACGUUGCUUUCUACAUGACGGCCGUGUUCCUCACCUUCACGGCACUCUACCUGGGCAGGGUCACGCUGGCUUGGGCCCUGGCCUGCCUGGGCCUGUACGUGUUCUACGUGCUCACCGUGGUCCUCUGCACCUGGAUCUACCGAUGGCAGUGCAGGAGAUCCCUGGUCCACUCCAUGCCUGGGACGCCAGAGCUGCUGUCGGACUCAGAGGAGGAUCCCAUGUCUUCGAAUACCAGCAGCUACGACUAUGGUGAUGAGUACCGGCCACUAUUCUCCUACCAGGAGAGCACCGUGCAGAUCCUGGCCCAGGCCCUAAACCCCCUGGAUUACCGGAGGUGGAGAAACCAGUCAGUGUCCUGGAGGGUCUUCAAGGUGCUCAAGCUGCCCGUGGAGUUCCUCCUGCUCCUCACCGUGCCCGUCGUGGACCCAGACAAGGAUGACCGGAACUGGAAACGGCCACUCAACUGUCUGCACCUGGUCAUCAGCCCCCUGGUCGUGGUCUUGACGCUGCAGUCGGGGGCCUACGGCGUCUAUGAGAUCGGCGGCCUCCUGCCCGUGUGGGCUGUGGUGGUAAUCUCUGGCACCGGCCUGGCGUCUGUGACCUUUUUUGCCACCUCCAAUAGGGAGCCCCCCAGGCUCCACUGGCUCUUUGCUUUCCUGGGCUUCCUGACCAGCGCCCUGUGGAUCAAUGCAGCUGCCACGGAGGUGGUGAACAUCCUGCGGUCCCUGGGCGUGGUCUUCCAGCUGAGCAACACAGUCCUGGGGCUCACGUUGCUGGCCUGGGGGAACAGCAUUGGAGAUGCCUUCUCAGACUUCACGCUGGCCCGCCAGGGCUACCCACGGAUGGCGUUCUCAGCCUGCUUUGGGGGCAUCAUCUUCAAUAUGCUGGUGGGCGUGGGGCUGGGCUGUCUGCUGCAGAUGGUCCGGGGCAGCCCAGAGGUCAAGCUGGAGCCUGACGGACUGCUGGACUGGGUGCUGGCCAGUGCCCUGGGGCUCAGCCUCGCCUUCUCCCUGGUCGCCGUCCCACUGCAGUGCUUCCAGCUCAGCAAGGCCUACGGCUUCUGUCUGCUGCUCUUCUACGUCGCCUUCCUUGUUGUGGCCCUGCUCACGGAAUUCGGGGUGAUUCACCUGGGAAUCAUGUGACUGAGGCCACCUGGUGUGUGGCUGUGGCACCGAGGGGGUCCGUGUGGCCUCCUGAGGGCAGAACAGGACGGCCCCUGUAGUAUCUCACUGCUGGAGCUCGGGAGCUGCCACCAUAGGCCCCGGCCACCAGCAGCCACAGCUCCAGUGCUGGGCCUGGGGUCUGCGUGUCGGGGCUGUAGGCCCAUGGCGCUGAGCCCCUGGGAUGAGCUGAGCGCCCCCUGGGGAAGCUGGGGUUGGGGGCUGCUGGAUGCGCUCAGGGCAGCACGUGGCCACAGAGGUCAGCCCUGCCCUGUCCCUCGCUGGCUUCCGGCGGCCUGCACCUCCCCGGGCUCUGUUGGCUGCGCGACCCUGGCAGAGCCAGGGGGACUGGGACUGAGGGCUCAGGACGAGCUCUAGACCCAUGCAGGUGGGCGGAAAGAGCAGGACCUCACUGAGAAUUUCCAGCUGCCACAUUCAUAAAGCCAGAAGAAACGGGAGACAGUCGUUGGACCCAGCGGCUCCAAGACCUCUUGCUGGGGCAGCCGCAUGACUGGAAGUGGCUCUGGACUGUCCUUACAACUCCGUGCCCAGGGCCCCAGGUCGCCCCGGGCCCCUGGCUGCACCAGAGGAGUCUGCUGACCUCAGGGGGCGGGGAAGGGGUCCCCGCCUUUCAAUAGUUAGCUCUUGUUUGCCUUGUGCUGUCCACAAAGGGAUUCAGCGUUUUCUAAAUAAAGAUGAAGUAUUACAAGUGUA